AUGGUUGCUUUCACUGUUGACCAAAUGCGUAGCUUGAUGGACAAGGUUACGAAUGUUCGUAACAUGUCCGUUAUUGCUCACGUUGAUCAUGGUAAGUCUACUUUGACAGAUUCUUUGGUUCAAAGAGCAGGUAUCAUCUCGGCAGCCAAGGCUGGUGAGGCACGUUUCACUGAUACCAGAAAGGAUGAGCAAGAAAGAGGUAUCACCAUUAAGUCCACUGCUAUUUCUUUGUUUUCUGAAAUGUCUGCGGAGGAUGUUAAAGAUAUCAAGCAAAAGACAGAGGGUAACUCGUUUUUAAUCAAUUUGAUUGAUUCUCCAGGUCACGUUGACUUUUCAUCGGAAGUUACUGCCGCUUUGCGUGUUACUGAUGGUGCUUUGGUGGUUGUCGACACCGUUGAAGGUGUGUGUGUGCAAACCGAGACUGUUUUGAGACAGGCGUUGGGUGAGAGGAUUAAGCCAGUUGUUGUUAUCAACAAGGUUGACAGAGCUUUGUUGGAAUUGCAAGUUUCCAAGGAAGAUUUGUAUCAAUCUUUCUCCAGAACUGUUGAGUCUGUGAAUGUUAUUAUCUCUACAUAUGCUGAUGAGGUUUUGGGUGAUCUUCAAGUUUACCCACAAAAGGGUACUGUGGCUUUCGGUUCUGGUUUGCACGGUUGGGCUUUCACUAUCCGUCAGUUUGCCAACAGAUAUUCCAUGAAGUUUGGUGUUGACAGAGAAAAGAUGAUGGAAAGAUUGUGGGGUGAUUCUUACUUCAACCCAAAGACUAAGAAGUGGUCCAACAAGGACAGAGAUGCUGAUGGCAAGCCAUUAGAGAGAGCUUUCAACAUGUUUGUCUUGGACCCUAUCUUUAGAUUGUUUUCUGCUAUCAUGAACUUCAAGAAGGAUGAGGUUCCAGUGUUGUUACAGAAAUUGGAGAUUUCUUUGAAGUCCGAAGAAAGGGAUUUGGAAGGUAAGGCUUUGUUGAAGGUUGUUAUGAGAAAGUUCUUGCCAGCUGCAGACGCUUUGUUGGAAAUGAUCAUCAUGCAUUUGCCAUCUCCAGUUACUGCUCAAAGCUACAGGGCUGAACAGUUGUAUGAAGGUCCAACUGAUGACCCAGCAUGUAUUGCUAUCAAGAACUGUGAUCCAAAGGCUGAUUUGAUGUUGUAUGUGUCCAAGAUGGUGCCAACUUCCGAUAAGGGUAGAUUCUACGCCUUUGGUAGAGUUUUCUCUGGUACCGUGAAAUCUGGUCAAAAGGUCAGAAUCCAAGGUCCAAACUUCGUUCCAGGUAAGAAGGAGGACUUAUUCAUUAAGUCUAUCCAAAGAGCUGUCUUAAUGAUGGGUAGAUUUGUUGAACCUAUCGAUGACUGUCCAGCCGGUAACAUUGUUGGUUUGGUCGGUAUUGAUCAAUUUUUGUUGAAGACUGGUACUUUGACUACUUUUGAAAGCGCUCACAAUAUGAAGGUCAUGAAGUUCUCUGUGUCUCCUGUCGUUCAAGUCGCUGUCGAAGUCAAAAACGCCAACGACUUACCAAAAUUGGUUGAAGGUCUAAAGAGAUUGUCAAAGUCCGACCCAUGUGUGUUGACUUACAUGUCUGAAUCCGGUGAACAUAUUGUUGCUGGUACUGGUGAGUUGCACUUGGAGAUCUGUUUACAAGAUUUAGAAAACGACCACGCUGGUAUUCCAUUGAAGAUCUCACCACCAGUCGUUGCUUACAGAGAAACUGUUGAAGGUGAAUCUUCCCAAGUAGCUUUAUCUAAGUCUCCUAACAAACAUAACAGAAUCUACUUGAAGGCUCAACCAAUAGAAGAAGAAGUUUCCUUGGCUAUUGAAGCUGGUAAGAUUAAUCCAAGAGAUGAUUUCAAGGCCAGAGCUAGGGUCAUGGCUGAUGAUUUCGGUUGGGAUGUUACCGAUGCCAGAAAGAUCUGGUGUUUCGGUCCAGACGGUAACGGUCCAAAUUUGGUUGUUGACCAAACUAAGGCUGUUCAAUACUUGAAUGAGAUCAAGGACUCUGUCGUCUCUGCGUUCCAAUGGGCUAGUAAGGAAGGUCCUAUCUUCGGUGAACAGAUGAGAUCCGUCAGAAUUAAUUUAUUGGAUGUCACCUUGCACGCUGAUGCUAUCCAUAGAGGUGCUGGUCAAAUAAUGCCAACCAUGAGAAGAGCUACCUACGCCGGUUUCUUGUUGGCUGAACCAAAGAUCCAGGAACCAGUCUUUUUGGUCGAAAUUCAAUGUCCAGAACAAGCCGUUGGUGGUAUUUACUCUGUCUUGAACAAAAAGAGAGGCCAAGUUGUUUCUGAAGAACAAAGGCCUGGUACUCCAUUAUUCACUGUCAAGGCAUACUUGCCAGUUAAUGAGUCAUUUGGUUUCACUGGUGAGUUGAGACAAGCUACCGGUGGUCAAGCUUUCCCACAGAUGGUGUUUGACCAUUGGGCUACUUUGAACACUGAUCCAUUAGACCCAUCAACCAAGGCUGGUGAGAUCGUUGCUGCUUCCAGAAAGAGACGUGGUAUGAAGGAUGAAGUUCCAGGCUGGCAAGAAUACUACGACAAAUUGUAA